UCCCGUCUCAACAGGACCCAACCUGCAGGCAACCGCAGGGGCGUGGGCGUCUGUGAAAGGCAGCCGAACCUGCAAAGCCACUGGCUGAGGAGGCCCCCUGCUCCUUCUUAAACUCCGAUAAUUCAACCUAGGACUAGAAAGCCAGGCAGCCAGAACCUCUUUUGGGUCCUCCACUUGUCCUUCCAGUGCCGGAAAGAAGAACCCAGCCCUGCCGCCCCGACCAUCUUACCCGCACACCUUUCCAGAAUGGCUGACCAGCUGACUGAGGAACAGAUAGCCACUUUCAAGGAGGCUUUCUCUCUGUUUGACAAGGAUGGAGACGGCAGCAUCACCACCCAGGAGCUGGGUACUGUCAUGAGGUCCCUGGGCCAGAACCCUACCGAGGCGAAGCUCCAGGACAUGGUGAGGGAGAUUGACAGGGAUGGCAGUGGCACUGUGGACUUCUCUGAGUUCCUGGGCAUGAUGAUCAGGCAGAUGAAGGACACGCACAGUGAGGAGGAGGUCCGGGAAGCCUUCCGUGUGUUUGACAAAGAUGGUAACGGCUAUGUCAGUGCUGCUGAGCUGAGACACGUGAUGACCAGGCUGGGAGAGAAGCUGAGCGAUGAGGAAGUAGAGGAAAUGAUCCGGUCAGCAGACAUAGAUGGAGACGGACAGGUGAACUACGAGGAGUUUGUCCAUAUGCUGCUGUCUAAGUAAGGCUGUGUGAGGGGCUGCAUGCUACGCUGAACAGGGGCCCCCUCUCCCUGCAGCAACAUCAGACACCCCUGUUUGUUCCUCAGCUCCUCCAGCUUUCUCCAGGCAUGGUUGCUUUCCAGGCAAGGUUAAUUCUCCACUCUGCAUCUCCUCCUUUCCGCUACCUUCCACUUGCUUCCUUCUAGAAGGGCACAGAACACCUUCAAGCCUAAGGAACCAUGAAAUCCUCCCAUUACUGAGCUGAACAACAGCCCCAAGGACAGUGAAGGCUGGGCUGACUCUGACAUCAUCUGCCAAUCCUAUGUCUCCCUGAGAAGGAUCCCUACAGACACUCAACAUCAGGACCCCUGCAGCUCCCAGUUCCUAUCAGAAUUCUUAGAGCUUCUUGGAGCCUCUUGGACUGAAAAAAAAUUCACCUGCUGUCGUAUUUGGGGGAGGGGGAGAGAAACAUCUGGAGGUUGGAGGGGGAAAUGUGAUGGAGACUUUGAUAGCUGCAGUCUGGGAAACAUUAAUUUCUGUCCACACAGCACUUGCUGGCUC